GGGACGAGGCCGAGGAGCCGCGGGAAGGCGAGCGCAGCCCCCCGGGCCCUGCCCGGCGGCUCCGGUGUCCGAGGGGCGGCGCCGCGGAACAUGACGGCGCCCUGGGCGGCCCUCGCCCUCCUCUGGGGAUCGCUGUGCGCGGGCUCCGGGCGCGGGGAGGCAGAAACCCGGGAGUGCAUCUACUACAACGCCAACUGGGAGCUGGAGCGCACCAACCAGAGCGGCCUGGAGCGCUGCGAGGGCGAGCAGGACAAGCGGCUGCACUGCUACGCCUCCUGGCGCAACAGCUCCGGCACCAUCGAGCUGGUCAAGAAGGGCUGCUGGCUGGACGACUUCAACUGCUACGACAGGCAGGAGUGUGUGGCCACGGAGGAGAACCCCCAGGUCUACUUCUGCUGCUGUGAAGGCAACUUCUGCAACGAGCGCUUUACUCACUUGCCGGAGGCGGGAGGCCCAGAAGUCACGUACGAGCCACCCCCGACAGCCCCCACCCUGCUCACGGUGCUGGCCUACUCGCUGUUGCCCAUCGGGGGCCUCUCCCUAGUCGUCCUGCUGGCUUUCUGGAUGUACAGGCAUCGCAAGCCCCCCUACGGCCAUGUGGACGUCCAUGAGGACCCUGGGCCUCCACCCCCCUCCCCCUUGGUGGGCCUGAAGCCACUGCAGCUGCUAGAGAUCAAGGCUCGGGGACGUUUCGGCUGUGUCUGGAAGGCUCAGCUCAUGAACGACUUCGUGGCCGUCAAGAUCUUCCCACUCCAGGACAAGCAAUCGUGGCAGAGUGAGCGGGAGAUCUUCAACACACCGGGCAUGAAGCAUGAGAACCUGCUGCAGUUCAUUGCUGCCGAGAAGCGCGGCUCCAACCUGGAGGUGGAGCUAUGGCUCAUCACGGCCUUCCACGACAAGGGCUCCCUCACAGAUUACCUCAAGGGGAACAUUAUCACAUGGAAUGAACUCUGUCACGUGGCAGAGACGAUGUCAAGAGGCCUCUCGUACCUGCAUGAGGAUGUGCCCUGGUGCCGUGGUGAGGGCCACAAGCCGUCCAUCGCUCACAGGGACUUUAAAAGCAAGAAUGUCUUGCUGAAGAGCGACCUCACGGCUGUGCUGGCUGAUUUUGGCCUGGCUGUUCGGUUUGAGCCAGGGAAGCCUCCAGGGGACACCCACGGCCAGGUGGGUACGAGACGGUACAUGGCCCCUGAAGUGCUCGAGGGGGCCAUCAACUUCCAGAGAGACGCCUUCCUGCGCAUCGACAUGUAUGCCAUGGGGCUGGUGUUGUGGGAGCUCGUGUCCCGCUGCAAGGCUGCGGACGGACCAGUGGAUGAGUAUUUGCUGCCCUUUGAGGAGGAGAUUGGCCAGCACCCAUCACUGGAGGAGCUGCAGGAGGUAGUCGUGCAUAAGAAGAUGAGGCCCACCAUUAAGGAUCAUUGGCUGAAGCAUCCGGGCCUGGCCCAGCUGUGUGUGACCAUUGAGGAGUGCUGGGACCACGAUGCAGAGGCGCGCCUCUCUGCGGGCUGCGUGGAGGAGCGGGUGUCCCUGAUCCGGAGGUCAGUCAACGGCACUACCUCGGACUGUCUCGUCUCCCUGGUGACCUCUGUCACCAACGUGGACCUGCCCCCUAAGGAGUCAAGCAUCUAAGCCCAGGACAUGAGCUGUUCUCCAGACUCUGGAUCUGAAGAGGAAAGGAAGACAAACGUUGUGUUUUGUUUUAGAAAUCCCGUAAACACCAACAAACACAGAAAAUGCAGCUGCUAUUUACCUUGACUUAUUAUUAUUAUUAUAAUUAUUGUUAAUAUUAUUUUUUUGGAUUGGAUCAGUUUUUACCAGCACAUCGCUCUACUGUAUUGCAAACAGCGGACACGUCAGCAGGCGUUGAGGUGCUGAGCUGUGAACGCAGAGCCAGCGCCAUGCUGAAGAGCCUCAGCCACCUCCUGUUCCUUGGGGUUCAUUUCUCCCGCUUUCUCUUUGUUUAUUGUCUCAGAAUCUGUGACGCAAAAGAAACCCCUCUCCUGUCUUAGGAAACUUAAUGCUGCAAACUCUACCUAGAGGAACCUUUGAAGACUGUUACAUAAGAACACUCCUCCCUCAGAAGAGGAGUUUCCCUCUGCCCUGGUCCCUCCUCCCUCUCCUCUCUUGAUUGUGUUUUUCUCCCCUUUUAGACAGUGAGUUUAAGAAACAGCAGAUGCGUCUUUCAUGGAUUAACGGGUGUUGUCCUGACCAAGGAAACCUGGGAUGAAGAGGAGGAUGGUUUGAACUGGAGCUGAAAGGGAAGAUGGAGCUGGGGGUGGGGUUCGGAACAGAGCUACACUGGACUCGGAUACAUUCGGAGCAGCAUCUUUUGCUCUGAAGGCUACUUCUCAGGUAACAAGGAAUUGAGGGGAAGGACCUCGUCGAGGCCGAGCACUAACAGCAAGAGUAGUGGGGUCUGGAGAAAGUGUGUGCGCAGGGACGCAGGUGGCGCUCAGACCUGCCUGCUGCUGGCCUGGACCAGUUUACUUCCCCCCACCCCCCCCACCCCACCCCCGCGCUAACUUGGGCCUGGGCAUUGGACUAAAUUUCAUUUUUCCUUGUCCUAACUUUAAGGUUAGGUCAGGGUCGAGAUCUUCAUGGUCUAGUAAAUAGAUUCUUCAUAAGACACGAUGCUGUAAAUAUCGUUAACCUAGUGGAGGAAAAGUUGAACUACAUUGCCUCCUUCUGGAGCAGUUCAGGGAGAUGCCCACAGGGGGUGCCCUGCACAGCCAGGGCAAGAAGAGUUCCUGGGUGGGGCCCGCCAAGGCCUGCCUCUCUGGAGACCUGCCUGAGUCUGACAGUGCUGGCUCAUCCUCUGUGGUGACAUUUCACCAUCCCCUUUUCGCGACUUGUGGACAUGGCUUUCUCCAGACCCCUUCAAGUGGUGCAUAUUCUAAAAACUGUUUUUCUAUUAUGUCAUAACCUUGCUCCAGUCAGUGAAUGUUCCUAAUGCUGCUGUUUCAACAUUUUUUUUUAAUUUAUGAGACAUAAAAAAGAUUUUUUAAAAACAAAACACACACACGCACACGCACGCACACACAUUUUUAUGUGGCUUCCGAGGUUUAAAUUUUGAAAAGUAAAAGAAUUCAAACUUCAUGACCACAGACCACCUCAAACCAGAAAUACCUCAGAAUUUUCUACUUGUGUAAGUUUAAUUAUAUAUUUUGUUAGUUGUGUUGUCUUGUAGUAUGUAUAUUUUAAAGUAAGUUGACUUUUAUGACAAGGAAGUUUAAAAGAAAUAGAGAAAAAGAAAAAAAAAGUGAGUCUUUUAGGCAGUGCUGCCAUUUUUGUUUGAUAAUGCCCCCUCCCUCCUGUAAAUAGUUGUCAUUACAGGUAGGUCAGCUCUCUGGGCCACGUCUGGGCAUUAGUCACUCUGUAUGUGAAAACUUUUCCUUCUGGUUUCUUUAGACCAUUUCAUUUAAAAAACAAACAAACAAAAACACUGCAUCUCUUCAUCUUGAGGGUAGGUAGGUGAGUCAGUGGGUGAAGAGAGGAAGUUGAUUUGGGUGAGAGUGGGAGUGGGGCUCUUGGGUGAUUUGGCGGUUCAGAUGUCUCCAUCAACUUACUUAAGAGAAUGACAGGUAACUCCACGUCAACUUGGUUAAAAGCAAAAAAAGAAACUGGCCCUUAGACCAGCAUCAAGUAAUUUUAUUUGAGGUUUAACGUCUGAGCAAAUGAGCAAAAGCAGGGGAGAUGUGUAGGAUCCCUGUGAAUCCACACUGACUUCAGCCAUUUGUGGUAGAUGGGUGUGUCCAGGAGGAGGCAUUCUCACCCUCUGCCCUGGAGGUCGCACCUUCUUAAGGGAGCACUCCACACUCCACUCUCCUGCUUCCUGCCCAGCAUGCUGCCUGCAGUGUGGUAGCUCCUCUGUUUGGGUGCAGAGUGCUGUGGGAGGCAGGUUUGCUUCCCUCUCCAAGCUCAGUUUUUACCUCAUGGAUCAAAUUGUGAGGUGGCCAAGGUGGUUACACGGAUAGCUUUUGUUUGUGUUUUUGGUAAGCUAUACUGUUACCUUUCUCCUUCCUUCCUUCCUUCCUUCCUUCCUUCUUUCCUUCCUUCCUUCCUCCCUUCCUCUCUCUUUCUUUCUUUCUUUCUUUCUUUCUUUCUUUUUUUCUUUCUUUCUUUCUUUCUCUCUUCUUAACAAACUAUGAUUUUAUAUUGUGGUGUUUUCCAUCCCUUGGAGUACUUUUAAACAGCAAAACAGGCCUUACAGCAGUUGCUUUUCUUUGCCACUUAUUUCUUUAAGAAGCUUUAAAAUAUUUAUUGGAAAGUGCCAUAUGUGACUCCUUUAACUUUCUCCUCAGGCAUUGCUGGGCAUCUCUACUUGACCCCCUCAGAAGAAACAAACAAACCACUAACAAGAAUGGUUAGAUCACUGAUCCUUCUCAGUGUGGAGCACUAAAUCCCAGCAUUCCUCCUCUUGAUGUUGCAUUUCUUCUGGGCGGCUUUUCUUUUGUGUGUUGACUUGAUUCUUGUGAGAACAGGUUCCGGCUUGGCUGUGGUGGGUUGAGUGAUGGCCACUGGCAGAGGGCCUGCUGGUCAGGACACAGAAUAGACAGGGCAGGCUUUCUUUUCGGCCUGCGUGCCUUCUGUAUGGGCAAGCUCAGCCACUAGCAUCCCUUUGGGGCCACGGCACCAAGAUGAAGUGUGAGGAGAUGGUAUCCGUUUAGUGUGGCCAGAGAGAGAAGAGUCCAAAGGGGUCUGUGCCUGCUCUGUGGGCGUCAGGCUGCUCCUUGCCCUCUUGUGCUGCUGUCAACUGCACACGUCAGGCAGUGUACCUGAGGUUGCUGAAGGCCACAAAGUGAGUGACUUCUUCCCUGUCUGUGCUGUUGGGAGCCUGAGUGGGACUUCCACAGAUAAAGUAUUUGUCUCUUUGUGGUCCGGUAUUUUUUGAAGAGUGAACUAUCUAUAACCCUGGUUUGAGUUUAUUGGGUUGGGGGACCUCUGCCUGUGUUUUUCUCGACAAGGACUUCUUGUGAUAUCUACUUCCUGGGAAUUGAGUUAACUAUUGAACACUUCCCCCCUUCACCUGCCCCUAAGCUCAGUGGAAGACUGGUUGGAAUGUAGUUGAUGUCAUUUUCUCUUGCCUGUGUGGAGGGUUGCCCCACAGAAAGUAGAAGAAGGUGACUGGUGGGAGAGAGAAGGGACCAAACCUCCUUCGACCUCCCUGCAGGCUCUUGUCUGCAGGAUGGGCUUUGAGGAAUACUGGGUUCUACAGCAAUUUGAAAACACCUGUGACCACUGUGGGUGUGGGCAGACACCCCUAACCAGGAGCCAUCUGAGAAUGAGCAAGAGAGGACGCUCAUGGUGAUAACCCGCAGUGUUCUGCAGUGACGUUUAGGGCUGAGAGGGAGGGAGCACCCCGGGGCUGCUGGGACCAUUAUUCCCAUCAGUGGUCUUCCUUUGGGUGAGCUAGUCAGGAUGAGGGCUGCAGGUGGCCUUUCUUGUCAAGAGAGAGACCUGACUGAGGGCGAGUGUGAGCCUCCUCGGCCUUUGCUGUCCUGUUUGUUCUUGUUCUGCCUAGGGAGGACUUCCCCGUAUGUGCCAGCUCCUUCUGGCUCAGAGUUUGAUACUCUUGACUUAGGGGCCACAUACACAGAACAAAAAGGAUUUUAGCCAGCCUUGAACACCUGCAGCAGGCUCACCCCUCCCAUACCCACAUGCUCAACACAGGGAAGCACCUCUCGUGUACAGCCACUGACACGUGGCACCAGGCCUCUUGCCCUGGCUUGACGUUCUAGAGCCUGCAGUGCUGUGCCAUCUUUUUCUUCAGCUGGCGCCGGCUCACUGCACUGGGAGGUUGGGCUGGUGUGUGGUGUUUAGUGCUGGCAGGCCAAGUGCACGACUGCAUGUCUGCCGUGCACAGAGUCACGUGACCUCUACGUUUUGAACUGUGAGGGCAGGAGGCAGCUGGCACGUAUGGGGAGGAUAGAUGGAUCGCCCUCUUGCCAGUGGAAUUUGGCCCCUUUUUAGAACGCAAUGUAAAGUUUACAGCACUUAACACUCAUACAAGGAUCUGAAGACUUCUAAUAACACUUAAGUAUGAAUCCAAACGCUUUUAGAAGUCAAGUAGGUAUUAUUUCCAGGAACUUGGCUCACUGGAAAAAAUGUCUAACAGAGAAAGCGUUUUCUUAGAGUUCUCUUAGUUCGCUUAUCAGUGCAGCUCAGCUUUGGAGAGAUGGCCAGGUCUGGCUCACAGUUCAGGGAUGCUGGGCCACGCCUACCCAAGCAGCAAAGUAGAUUUACUCCUUCACUCCUGCAUCCAGGCUGAGUAGCCAGAAAAGAAAGAGGGCUGGGUGGCUUCAUCUCUUUAUUUGGGUGAUUAAAAAUUCUCCUUGGCCAAUGACUGUUUACAAAAGCAGAAGUAGUAAAAUAUCCUGUGUGUUCAGCCUAGUAACGUAUUAAGUCUCUAUAAGCAAUAGUGUUGUCGAUUAAAAAAAAAAAAAGUGGGGCUAUGUGGUGGUGGAUCUGGUUGGGCGCACAUGUUACAGUGCACAAGGAUACAGGUUCGAGCCACUGGUCCCAACCUGCAGGGGGAAAGCUUUGCAAGUGGUGAAGCAGGGCUGCAGGUGUCUGUCUCUCUCCUUCUCUAUCACCCCCUUCCCUUUCGAUUUCUUGCUAUCUCUGUCCAGUAAUAAAUAAAGAUUUUAAAAAAAAGGAAACAGUAGUGUUUUAGGUAAAACAGACCCAGCACUUCAGCUGAUUAGCUGUUUAUUUUGUCAGUUUAUUAGAUAUGUAACUGUUGAAUUCAGGGUUACUUACAUAGUUCUUUAAGUGAAAAUCCUGUUAGUUGAUUUGUAAACAGCAAUCCACCUAUGAAUGUAUCCCAGACUUUUAGAAGGCUUGGAAAUCUUUUUUGCUUUUUUUUUGAAGAUGAUGAUUUAGUUUUGUAGGAAAAAGAAAUUGAAGUUUAAAACAUCCCCUCGUCCCCACUGGAAACAGUUCAGUUGAUACAGUCACAUUACAACUAACUAUUAGGUCAAAGAGACACCCACCCCCCCCCAAUCUCAUCCAAGGAAAGUCCAGAUUCUCUAGUAAGGGUAUUUUGCAUGUUCUUAUUUUAUACUCAUCGUGGCUUCACUAUAAACUUGGGUUUGGGGAAGAUUUUGAAUUUAAAGAAUUCACUGCUAUAUAUAUAUAUAUAUAUAUAUAUAAUUUUUUAAAAAUCAGGCUUAUAUUUAAAGUUAUUUUUGUGAUAGCAUUUCCCAAGCCUGAAUGAAGUGGGACUCUCUGAUUGUGGUUGACCUGGUUGACCGUGUACCCCUUAUAGUGCCAAAACCACUGACACUUUUAUUUGCACCUAGGGCAGCUCGUAGAGAUAGCACAAACAGUUCUUUCCCAUGGGUUAAAAACGUGUGUUCUCUAAAUGCUGGUGUGUGGCUACAGGCCCUGCAUUAAUUACCCUUCUAGCCCCAGGACCGUCUGGGGUGUAGGCCGUCCAGAGAACAACUGACUACAGGCCAACUACAGGACACUAAAAAUCAUUGUGCACAUGGGCGUGCGCACGUGUGCGCGCGCGCGCGCGUGUGUGUGUGUGUGUGUGUGUGUGUGUGUGUGUGUGUGUGUGCGCUCGUGCAAUGGGUUAGCACAGGUGUGGGCUGUUGCUGACAGCUGAGGAAAAAGUGUUAGCGUUCAUUUGCAAAGUUUACAUAGAUGAGCUCACUGUUAUGAAAACUUCCACCCCUUAGUUCAUGAUUUUCACACCGAUAAAGUUGUUUUUUUGUUUUGUUUUGUUUCCCAUGUGUAAAUGAAUGAGUUCCAUUGUGAGUCCUGGGACUUUUUGCUGUUGAUUGGGUACCCCUAUCACAUUUGCAUCUGAAUGUUGUUAGGUAGCUUUGUAAAUAAAAGAAUAGGUUAUAUAAUAGAGAUAAGACACUUGAAAUUUUACUUUAAAAAAAAUCUAUAGCUCUACGUAUAUAUUUAGUUAUAUCAUCUUACAGAUUCUUCUGCACAGCGUGGAGAUCAUUUUAUACCACAGAUUAUUUUUAUAAAACCUAGUGAGUUUGAAUAAAGAUGAUUUUGUAAUCAAA